AUGGCUAAGAUAAAUAGAAAGAUACAGCAACGAGUGCUUGUGCAGGGGAGAGAUUUCCCGCGGACGCGCACUUCUCACUCCGCGCCUCCUCACGCGACACAGUCUCCGACGAUGAAGAGCGUCUGUGAAGUAUGCACCACCGCCCCCGCGACGCUCAUGUGCGUCGCGGACGACGCGGUUAUGUGCGGCAUGUGCGAUAAGAGGUGCGUGAACCCGGUGUACACGAUCUGCCACGAAGACCGCGCGUUCUUAUGCCGCGGCUGCGACGUGUCCCUGCACAGCGCGAACGAGGCGGUGAAGAAGCACCGCCGAUUCUUGUACACCGGCGUCACCGUCGCGCUCGCGCCGCUCGGAGAGAAGGAGACCGCGACGCCGAGGGAGGCGACGGACAUCGUCAAGGAGGUGCCCCCGAUGGCGGCGCCGAUCCGCCCGACGGUGACGCAGCCGCAGCCGCAGAAGAAGCGCAAGGCUGUGGACAUCGAGGACGACUUCGCGGUGCCGACGAUGUCCCCGGACAACAGCGCGGGGCACGGCGGCGUGCAGUGGCAGAGCGACGAGGAGUUCAACUCGUUCGUGCAGGACUUCGUCGGGAAGGGGGAGAAGAACCCGGACGUGAACUUCGACGGGUUUUUGGAUAACUUCUUCGACGACGUUCCGCUCUCGGACGACUUCGGGGUCGUGCCUACGAUGUGAGUCGCCCAGCGGCUCGGGGUAAUUUUUUGAAAGGGAUAAUAGGUAGAAGCACGCGGGGGGGGAACAAAUGUACCAAGGACGAACAAAAAAAAGUAAGACGGCGAAAGAGGCGUCGAGUGAAGAAACGACCAUCGCGCGAUGGACUGAGUCACGACUGUAUGAAAAAAUCUUACCCGGCGCGCGCCGGGGAAGCGCGAAGUUAAUUAGGUUCUGUGUUAUACAAACCACAGCAUUCUUUUUA